AUGGAAACUUUGGAAAUUCAUUCCAAAGACUUUUUGGUUAAAUGGGUUCAUGCCCCAGAUAAUUCUGUUAUUGAUUGGCAAGUUAAACCUUUGAAAAGGUCAAUUAAUUUGGCAAUUUAUAGAAAGAAUGAAGAAAUUUUAAAAGAAAAUUUAAAUGGUUCUGAAGUAUCAUUUAGUCUGCUUAAUCAAUCUCAAGCAUCAACUUCACUUACUUCAGUAAAUAGAACAGCAUCAGUUACAUCAGUAAAUCAAAUAACAAAUAAUAAUUCUUAUAAAUCAAAAUCAAGAUCUUCAACAAUUUCUUCUAAUAUUAAUAAUUCUGAUUUAUCUUUAAUUAAAGAUUAUAAUAAACUUAUUGCAAAUGAAUUAGUUCAUGGAAAAUUCGAAGUAACAAAAGGUGGUAUGUAUGCUUUUAUAUUUGAUAAUUCAUUUUCAAAAACUACUGGUAAAAAAGUAUUCUUUAGUAGUAAAAUAAUUGAGAGUAAUAUUACUAGAAGAAAAUCUUCUCUAGGUCCUAUUCCAAAUGGUGCAUCUCCAAAUAUUUUAAGACCAAAAAAUGGUGAAUUAUUACAAAGUAUAUUAUUAAAGAAAAGAAGAAAGAAGUUACAAGGAUUUACUAAAAGAUACUUUAUUCUUAAUUUUAAGUAUGGUACAUUAUCAUAUUUUAGAGUAAAUGAUAAUAAAUUAAGGGGUCAAAUGCCAAUAAAGCACUCUAUUGUAAGUGCCAAUGCUAAAACAAGAGAAAUUAUUAUUGAUUCAGGAAUGGAAGUAUGGAAUUUAAAAGCAUUAAAUGUAAAAGAAUUUAAUGCUUGGGUCGAUGCAUUUAAUGAAAUUAAACGUAUUGAUUAUGAAGAUGGUAUAGGAGAAGAUAAUAUUGAUGAAUUAGAACAUAGUCAUAUCGUAUCUGAAUUAGAAUUAAUUUUAAGUAAAUUUGAUCAAUUGAAAUUACAAACAGAUUCUCCUAUUGUGCUUGAAAUUCAAGAUGAUAUUUCUACAUUAAUUUCAAAAGUUAAACCAGGUAAUAGAAAUUCAUUUGAUGCACAUUCAUUAGUUUCUUCUAAUGAUUUUUAUGAUGCAAAUGAUUAUUUGGAUGUUACAAGUACAGGAGUUGUUUUAUUAGAUCUUCCUGCUCCAACUUCAAAAUUAAUAGAUUCUAAAUUGGCAGAUUCACCUUCAGAAAUGAGUAUUCUGGAAGAUCAACUUGAUACAGUAUCAACUUCAUCCUCUUCUUCUGAAGGUGAUGAUGAUCAUGAUGAUGUUAUACCCCUGUUAUCCAAAAUUACAUCAAAAAUUGUUCAAGAAGGUGAAGGUCAAGAAGGUGAUGAAGAUGAAACAUUAUAUCCUUUACCUCAUGAUCCAAUAGAAAGAGAAUCUGAUAUUCCAGUUUGUAAUCAUUCUCCUCCAAGUAUUUUAGGUUUUGUUCGUAAAAAUGUGGGUAAAGAUUUAUCAACAAUUGCUAUGCCUGUAACAAUGAAUGAACCUAUAUCUACUUUACAAAAAUAUAGUGAAAUGUUUGAAUAUUGUGAAUUAAUUGAUAAUGCAUUACAACCUAGUUUUGUCGAUGAAUCAGGUGAAAAAAUUUUAAGAAUUGCUGCAUUUGCUGUUAGUUAUUUAUCGAGUGCAAGAGUUAAAGAGAGAAAUAAUCGAAAACCUUUCAAUCCAUUAUUAGGUGAAACUUUUGAAUUAGUGAGAGAAGAUAAAGGUAUUAGAUUAAUCUCAGAAAAAGUUUCACAUAGACCACCUGUAUUUGCUUAUUUUGUAGAUUCUGCAAAAUGGAAUUUAACUUUUAGUCCUUCUCCUAAGCAAGCAUUUUGGGGUAAAAAUGCAGAAAUUGUUACUAAAGGAGUAGUUAAAUUGACUGUUAAGGAAACAAAUGAAGUUUUCACUUGGUCUCAUCCGUCAACUUUAUUAAAAAAUAUUAUUGCUGGUGAAAAGUAUACUGAACCAAAUUCUUCUAUUACUAUAAAAUCAUCAUCAGGUUAUAGAGCGGUUGUAGACUUUGCUAAGGGUGGUAUGUUUAGUGGAAGAUCAGAAGAUUUAACCAUAAAGGCUUUUGGUAUUAAUAAAAAAGAAUUACCUUAUACUGUUAGUGGUAAAUGGACUGAAUCUUUAACUUUGAAGACCAAUACUACCGAGAAACUUAUUUGGGAAUGUGGUGAAUUAUUACCAAAUGCAGUUAAGAAAUUUGGUUUCACUACAUUUGCUGGACAAAUUAGUAAAAUUACUCCUUUAGAACAAGGUAAACUUGCCCCAACAGAUUCAAGAUUAAGACCAGAUAUGAAAGUAUAUUUGAAAGGAGAUGUUGAUGAGGCUGAAACUCUUAAAGUUCAAUUAGAAGAAGCACAAAGAACAAGAAGAAAAGAAUUAGAAGAUGCCGGUGAGGAUCACUUACCAAAAUUCUUUGAAAAGAUUGGUGAUGGUGAACCUGAUAGUUCGGAAUGGGUCUACGUUAGAGGCUCAAAGAGUUACUGGAAUAGAAGAAAGAAUCAAGACUGGGAUGAUUUAGUUAGCUUGUGGUAAUAGUUGCUCUUAAAAAAAUAAAAUACAUAUAA